UUCGUCCUCUCCAGCCAGUCAGAUUCCCCAACCGUCUCUCUUGUAGUACGCGCACCCCAAGUUCACCACAGGUCGUCGUCGUCGCAUGCAAGAGCAUUUGCAAAAGUGGGAGUGCCAAAAUAAUAACGCGUAAAAUCGUCACCAUCGAUUUCGUGGCGUGGCGUAACCUUCGGAAGGAAGCCGCCUUUUCACGAUGCCGCAGGGACGCAGAAAGGUUCCGUUCAGUGGCAAGCAGAAGAAGCAGCAGCUGGUCGCUAAAAAGCAGGCUAAAUCGAGCACUUCGCACAACAUAAUCCGGAAGUUGCGCGACGAGGAGUCGAGCGACGUCAGCGAGGACAGCGACUUCCCGAAGACGUUCCACGAGAAUGUGGAGCGGAUCAAUGCGCAGCCGACCAAGGAUCCGCGCUGCAAGGCGAACCGGUACGUGCUGCAGUUUCACCGGGAAACCGGCAAGGAGUUGCGUGAGAUGAAGGAGGAAGCUCGGAAGGCACUGGUUCCGUGCAGCGAGGAGCAGCAGGAACUGGGGGAUAACUACUUUGUGGAGUACGAUUUUCCGAAGCGACCCAAGUGGAGCUACGAGAUGUCCAAGGAGCAGCUGGACGCGAACGAGAAUCGGUACUUUUUUAAAUACAUCACCUAUCUGGAGAAGACGCACUAUGACGACAUGAAGUCGCUGAUUUGCGAGCUCAACCUGGAGACGUGGCGUCAGCUGUGGCGGGUGCUGGAGCUGUCCGACAUCGUCCUGACCAUUGUGGAUGUUCGCUUUCCGACGUUAAUGUUCCCGCCCUCGCUGUACCAUUAUGUCACGCAGGAUCUGGGCAAGGGCAUGAUCGUGGUCAUCAACAAGAUCGACCUGGUCGAGGCAGAGGUGGUGCUCGGUUGGAAGCGUUACUUUGAGGAGAAAUAUCCGAGUAUCAAGGUGGUGCUGUUCACGUCCUAUCCGUCGUACAAUUUGCGUGGGAAGCACGAGAACAAGCAGGGAUUGAAGAUUCGUCGUCGUCGUGGCCGCAUGCGUAUGGCGGCGGAGGGCGCCCAGCAGAUUUACAACUUUUGCCGGGAGUUUUGUGAGGAGGAGGUCGAUUUGGGCUCGUGGCAGCAGAAGAUCAACGAGGAACGCAGCACUCCGAUGGACGUGGACGGGGACGAUGAGGAAGGGCCGGAAGUUGAGCGAACUCACGAGGAGGAGAAGGAUUUCUCUUUUGAGGAGCGAGCUCGCUUCCAGGACGGAGUGUUGACGAUCGGGUGCGUUGGCUUCCCGAACGUUGGCAAGUCUUCGCUGCUGAACGCCGUCAUGGGAAAGAAGGUGGUCUCGGUCAGCAGAACACCCGGUCACACCAAGCAUUUCCAGACGAUCUACCUGACCAACACGGUCCGGCUGUGCGAUUGUCCUGGGUUGGUCUUCCCGUCGGCCGUGUCCCGCAAGCUGCAGGUCCUCAUGGGCAGCUAUCCGAUCGCACAACUCCGCGAACCGUACGCCUCGAUCAAGUUCCUCGCCGAACGCGUAGAUCUUCCCAAACUGCUCGUUCUGAAACAUCCAGAAAGCGAAGCCGGUGACGAGUGGUCCGCGAUCGACGUUUGCGACGCCUGGGCCAUCAAACGAGGCUUCCUGACGGCCAAGGCCGCCCGUCCAGACACUUACCGUGCCGCCAACAACAUCCUUCGCAUGGCCCUCGACGGCAAAAUAACCCUCUCCCUGAAACCCCCGGGCUUCCAACGCGCCCUAGAGCAGUUCCUCGCCGAUCCAGAACUGGGCCGGGUUCGCGAAAUCCAGGCCCUUUCCGAGCCGGCCACCGACAAGGAGGACGACGAUGACUUUUUCUCCGACACGGACACCGAGGACGUUACGGGCGCCGCCAGCAACGACGCCGACAACGAGGAGGACGAAGAAGGCAACUCGACGCUGUCCCCGGUGGCCGGAGCGGCCAACCCGUUCUCGCUGCUCGGAAGUCCCGAAUAAAUGUGAUGAAGAUAAGCAACGCUGUUAUGAACCGUUUUUGAACUUUACGCUUUUCAUACAAAAAGGAAAAACAAAAUAUAAGAAGAUAUAUAUUUUAUCGUAAAACAACCGUAAACAACACACCGAGAGAGCGGGCGAGCGAGCGAGCGGUGAUCGAGCGAGACUUGAAAAAAUGGAUAGUUCACGCGUUUGUUACGUAUAUUUAUUGUUACCUUCACACCCACACAAAACUCUACCGCCACCAACAACAAAAACUGUGGAAAUCCAACAACUCAAAAGUGUAUUUUGCCUACCCGCAAUAAAUGAGCCCAACUCGCAGA